CCAAAUUGUCAAAUCUCAAAUCUCACGGUCUGUAUCACAUUUGUUUUUUAAAUCAGUUCCUCUGAUCAGUUCUUUCCAAUUUUGGGUAUACUAGUUAAGUUUCUAAAAAUUACGUUUUCUAAAAAUGUCAGGGGUUGAUUUAGAACUAAAAAAGGCCUUUACUGAGCUGCAAGAGAAAAAAGUUGUAACAGAACAAAAACUUCAAAUAUCGAGAAUCCAAAUAGAGGCGUUAAAACGAGCAAAACAACAUUCAGUUAUAACUGAGAGAGAAAUAGCUGGGCUAGAACCCGUAACAAAAACUUUUGAAUCAGUUGGCAGAAUGUUUAUUUUAACUCCAAAAGACACAGUCCAGGAAAAUCUGAAAAAGAAACAAAAUCAUGCAGAGGAGAAAAUUAAAACUUUAGAAACCCAGAUGGGCUAUUUAGAAAAUUCAUUAAAAGAAGCAACAAACAGUUUAAGAGAAUUAGUUCAACAGAAGAAAGAAUCUUAAUUUAGUAUUAGAUAUAAAAUAUCAUCUCAUUAAUUUUUGUAACACAUUUUAUACAAAAAUAUCAACAUAAUUAAAACUAAAUUAUUA